AUGGACUCCAGUGAAAGCCGCGAAACAUUCCAGAUCUCCAGCAGUGAGAACGACGAUCCAGACAACUCACUGGAUGUGCUAGUGCCUCAGAUCUUGCGACGUGUAUUCAUAGGUGACAAGGCAGCUACAAUGGUAGAGUUCGUGCUCCUCAAGUAUCAAAAGAAAGAGCUGGUGACCGAGGCAGAAAUGUUGCACCUCAUGGACCACAGUGACCAUGAGCACUUCCCUUUGAUCUUCAAGGAAGUCUGUGAGUGCAUGUGUCUUGGCUUUGGAAUCAAUGUGAGUAAGUCAAAUUCCCUUGGCCACACCUAUGACCUUGUCCCUCUCUUGGGCCUCACUUGUAAAGGCACAGAGGGUGGUGAACAGAUUUUUCCCAAAAUUGACCUCCUGUUAGUGAUCUUGAUGGUCAUCUUUGUAAGGGGUAAUUGUGCCAGUGAGGAGGACAUAAGGGAGGUGGUCAGAAAGAGGCAGAUGUUACCCAACAGGAACUUUCCUCCUGGGGACAGGUGGAAAUUCAUCACUGAGGACUUGGUACAGGCAGGAUACCUAGAGUAUCAGCAGUUGCCCGGUAGUCACUGUGCUCACCAUCAAUUCCUGUGGGGCCCUAGGGCUUAUGCUGAAAUCACCAAGAUGAGAAUCCUGGAGCAUUUGUCCAAGAUGAAUAAGAUCAAUCCUAGUUCUUACCCACAUCUAUGUGAUCAGGCUUUGAGCGAGGAGAUAGAGGCUGCCAGGAAACAGGUUCAGACCAUGGAGGGGGCAAUGCAAUACCAGGGCCAGGGAGUGCUCCACAGCAGUAUCACUAGCUUAGUUCUCACCCAUUGA